UGGGGCAUGCGAUUCUCUCGACUCACUCUUCCUUUAUGUGGCCUUUUCUUCCCCAGAUCCUACUGCACUCCAGGACUAUGCCAAUUUAUGGCCAUGCUCCCAACAGCAGGUCACCUCCUGUCCCUCCUGCUGGUGAUAGGCACAGGGGGUACUGUGCCCAGCCCCCAGGUGCCUCCCCGGGGCUGUUAUGUGGCAAAGGAAGCAGGUGAACGGACUUUCCGCUGCAGCCAGGCAGGCCUCAGUGCUGUGCCCUCUGGCAUCCCCAAUGACACCCGCAAGCUCUACCUGGAUGCCAACCAGCUGGCGUCGGUGCCUGCUGGUGCCUUCCAGCACCUGCCUGUCCUGGAGGAGUUGGAUCUGUCCCAUAAUGCCCUUGCCCACCUCUCAGGGGCGGCUUUCCAGGGCCUGGAGGGCACGUUGCGCCACCUGGACCUCUCUGCCAACCAGCUGGCCUCAGUGCCCGUGGAGGCCUUUGUGGGGCUACAGAUCCAAGUGAACCUAUCCGCAAACCCAUGGCACUGUGACUGUGCCCUCCAGGAAGUGCUCCGGCAGGUGAGGCUGGUGCCAGGCACUGGGACAGGCAUUGUGUGUGGCUCAGGAGCCCGACCGGAUCUCGUGGGGCAGGAGUUCCUGCUGCUGGCAGGGGAAGAAGAGCUGUGUGGGUCGGGGUGGGGUGGGGCCCGGAGGAGCACCGAUGUGGCCCUGCUGGUCACCAUGGGGGGCUGGCUGACACUCGUGGUGGCUUAUCUGGUGCAUUAUGUGUGGCAGAACCGAGAUGAGACCAGGCGCUCCCUCAAGCGGGCCCCAGUGCUGCCCGUGCGUUCCGAGGACUCCUCCAUCCUCAGCACAGUGGUCUGAUGACCCAGGAUGCUCCUCCAGCCACACCCCACACUCCUGCCCCUAUGCCCUCUCCUUUGCUCUGACCCCCUCUGCCUCCUGUGCAGCUUCACCCCUGCCCCCAAGCCCAUCCCACCCCUCCCUCCUUUAUUUCCCCUAAAUACCUGUGCUGGUUCUCUCUCUCUCUCUCUGUGUCGUCUUAACCAACACCAUCUUUGGUGCCUGGAG